CAUGUUCAAAGUGGAACAUAAGUAAACCAAGAUGAAAAUUGUAUUUGUCUUUUUCAUUGUUUGUGCUGCAGCGGUGAGAGUAAACCAAGUUAAAAAUACACGUCAGUGCAUAGCUGGAGAUGGAAUAUGUAAACCAACGUGUGCUGUAGAUGAGGAAGACACAGGUUCAUGCUGUCGCCACAGUUAUAGAUGUUGCCAACCACCUAAGUGCAAUGAUACAGAUCAGAAUGCUCAGUGUGAAGCUAGAAACGGAAAGAGUAAACCUGUGUGUGGUGUUAAUGAACAAGAUACAGGCAUAGGCCCUUUUUGUAAUAAUAACAGAUGUUGUGAGCCGACUACAUGUAUUGACGAUGCAGAUUGCAACUGUAUUCCUGUAUGUGAAUCAGAAACUGAAACAGAAGACGAAGACGGACUUUGCUGCGAAAGUAUGAAGUGUUGUAAAACCUGCAAUGCUACAUGUGGUGGAAUACUUGGUGGAACAAGUGGAAGUUUUACGUCACCAUAUUACCCAUCAAAUUACUGCAAUAACCACAAUUGUUAUUACAAUAUAACAGUUGAGGAAGGUUUAAAAGUUAUGCUGAACUUUACUUACUUUGAAAUGGAGGCUCGUGUAGACUCCGUUAGGGUAUUUGAUGGUGAGGUUACAACAGAUGCAGAACUAGCUUACUUGACAGGUGGACCUACUGAAGGAAAAGAAAUAAAUUCCACUUCAAAUAAGAUGAUCAUUCAAUUCUAUUCCGAUUUUUCUGUACGCAAAACGGGGUUCAGUGCCAGUUAUAAAACAUUUCAAUGA